AUGGAGGAGUCUAACAAUUAUGGCCACCAACAUCCCCUGCUUCUUAUCUUCAAUCAAGACCAGCUGAUCCACAAUCAAAGUGCUGUAACUGAUUACUCCAGGUGUGCGGAGAAGGUGUCUGCUCCAUGUUUUUGCUGUGCGGAGCACUGUGGGUUUUAUCUUCACAAGCAGCAUGGAUGGCCAAUUUCCAACAAUCCUCUUCUUCUUAUGCAAAAGCCACCUUAUUCAGAUUCAGAUGGAGAGUGCAUUUGCGAUUUCUGUGACGAAAGAUGUGAGAAAUUCAUUUAUCACUGCUCUUGCGAAUUGGACUUUCAUCUUAAAUGUGCUUUGUUUACAUUUAAUAUUGCUGAGAAUAAUUUGAAAGAGCUUGACCAUGUUGCCCUUCAACAUCCAUUGAUUUCCACUGAAAAUGGUGAUGAAAAACUCAAAGAUGCUGCUAAGUGCUUUGGAUGUUGGGAACCAUUAGCAAAGUAUACACACUUUUCUCCUGACUGUGGAUUUAAUUUACAUGAGAAAUACGCGAAGCUUCCUUUCAAAUUGAAUCAUGGGUGUCAUCGUAAGCAUCCUCUUGUUCUACAAUUUAAUAGCCAACGGCUCUCUUGCAAGAUAUGCGGAGAAACCAGUCAAAAUGGUAGCGGAUUUAUUUAUGGUUGUUCUCCUUGUAACUUUGUUGUUCACCUUGAAUGUGCAUCACAAUCAUCGUUACAAGUUAUUGAUAGUAUAAAUCAUGAACAUCCAUUCACCUUGUUUUUGAGACAAGUUCCAUUCACUUGUGAUGCGUGUGGCACUGAAGGAAAUCAUGUUGCCUAUAUAUGUGGUACAUGCAACAUUAUAAUCCAUAAAAAUUGCAUCUCAUUGCCUGGUAUUAUCAAAAGUAAGUGGCAUGACCAUCGCCUUCUUCACACAUAUUUCCAUCACAUAGAAGAGUUCAGAGUUUUGGAUUGUUUAAUAUGCCAUGAUGAAGUCAAUACAGAGCAUGGUAGUUACUAUUGUUCAAAGUGCACUGUUAUAUUCCAUGUGAAGUGUGUAAUGAAGGAUAAAGAUUCAUAUGAAAUAGUAGAACAUGAAGAUGAGGAAUCUCCUGAUGAGUCUGUUAGCUCCAUAACCGUUCUUGAAUGGAGUGAUGCUGGAGAAGCCACAGUAAUAGAACAUUUCAAGCAUAGUCACCACUUAAUGUUAAGUGACAGAGUAGGUGAGUAUGAUAAUAAAUGUUGUGAUAGGUGCUUGUUGCCAAUCUUGGCUUCAUUUUACUACUGUACACAGUGUGAUUUCUUUCUCCAUAAAGUUUGUGUGGAGUUACCAAAGGUAAAGCAUGUUUGGCAUCAUCGUUGCCAACCACCAUUGGUCCUUACUUCAAACAAACUAUUUUGGUGUGUAAAAUGUCAUUGCUGGUCUAGUUGUUUUGCUUAUAAAUGUGAAGAAUGUAAGGAUUAUACAUGCCUUCGAUGUAUAAUUGCUCUUACACCUGGUGCUCGCACAUGUCUAGGACAUAAACACCCUCUUCUUUUCUACACCGAAUAUAGAGGGCAAUGUGCUGCUUGUGGUGAUGAUGAUAUCAAAGGGUUGUUCCGUUGUAAGGAUUGUGAUUUUUCUUUAGAUCAUAAAUGUUUUUCGUUGCCUAUUAUGUCCCAACACAAAAGUGAUAAACAUCUAUUUUCACUAACUAACCAUGAUGAUAACAAUUACUCAGAAAGUCAUUUUUGUGAUGUUUGUGAAGAAAAUCGAGAUCCAAGUAUUUGGUUUUAUCAUUGUGCAACAUGUGAUACUUCUGCUCAUGUCAAUUGUGUUCUUGGAGAACAUCCAUUCCUCAAACUCGGGAGUAUCAUUCAAGUACGUGAGGACAUUCAUAAGCACCCUGUCACUGUUGUUAAGAAGAUCUAUUACUAUCCGAACUGUAGUUAUUGUUGUAAGCCCUGUUUAGAUUUGGCUCUCGAAUGUACUGGAUGCAACUUCAUUGCUCAUAUCGAGUGUCCAUGA